UUUUUAAAUAUCACUUCUCCAUAGCUAGCAGCAGAAAAGCAUUACGGUGAUGAGUUGUUUUCUUCAUGAACACUUUGAUGAUUGGGUAUUAAAAGUUUGCAACCCCCCUGUUUGCCAACUUUGUUGGUACGGUCCGCAGAGGCCUGCAGGGCGUUACCGUGUGCCAUAAAACAGCGGAAUGAUGCGAUCAGGGGGGUAUCGGGGAAAGAUGUUUAUACCGCCUGCAGCUCUCCCGGAUUGGUAAUUGUGCUUACCUACGGCGUCUUUCAGUACUAAACAAGUACAGCGUCUCCAAUGAUUUCAACAGUCUAUACUCGAGCGAUGCGAAGAAUUCUUAAUCAACUAAGUGCAACCGAAGAACGCGGUAAAGAGAUCUCUUAAGCAUCGUCAAGGUUCGCCAGGGAGUUCUGGAUGAUACUCAUCAAACUGCAAAAGUGAGUAAACCAAUACAUUAUCGGGUUUUAUUAUGAAACUCCUACGGCGCUGGACUAUCGGGUAGAACUAAGGAUCCAGAGAGGCUGGUGUAUUCCCGUGGAUGUCCUAACAAGAGCUGUCGGGUGGUAGCAUCGUUCCCCGAGCGACGGAGAAGGAAAAAUUGUCCCGUCCACUCGUCGACCAGAACCGGCAUCAACCAUGGGCUCCAUUAGUAAUUGAAUCGUGUGGAGAGUCAAUUCCUGUAUCUUAAUGACAGCCAAGACCCUUGCGACGCGCUUCAGCUGCUUUUAAAAGGCUUACAGUAGUAGUUUGGAACCCACACCUCGCGACAGCGCUCUGCCGAGAUGGCCUCUGGACACGUUUUCCUCGCACUCAGCGUUGGUAUAUCAGCCGUUUUUCAAGUAACCAUUGCACAGGAUGGAAUCCGGCUGACUCUUCCAACCAAGGUCAACGCCAUCGUUGGUGCGGACGUGGUACUACCCGCCACGUACACAACAAACCAAAUGGCUACGGUUACUCUGGUUCAAUGGAGCAAGAUCGACCCAAGAGAUCCCACAAAGAGAAACCGAGCGUUAUCUUAUAACCCGGCUAAAGGCAUCUGGAAAGCCAUCGACAGUUAUUCGGGUCGUGUGGAGUUGGAAGAUCAGGCGUCCCUCAGGUUGGAGAGAACGAGCGCAAGGGAUGCCGGGAAGUUCGUCUUGGAGGUCAUGACGGAUGACCUGCAGACGAUGGAAGGGUCCGUGGAGCUGGUCAUUCUGGUUCCUCCAAAGGUAGUGGUGGGGCCCUCCAAGAUGUAUGUCGUUACAAGGUCAAAAACAGUUACGCUUUCCUGUUCGGUAAUGGACGGAUAUCCAAAUAUAACCUCUCUCAUGUGGAAAAGAGGGAACGUCCCCAUCGACACCUUACGUCUCAACGGGCCGAAAUACUCCGGAGGAAAUUUGGAGACGCCAUCUUUAACAAUACGCUACGUCGACCGGAUGGAUGCCGGGAUAUACGCAUGCGUGGUUCGACAUCCAGCAUCAACAAAGGAGCUGAAGGCGAACCUGACGUUGCGGGUACUGUAUCCAGCGUCUGUUACCAGAAUGACUGAAUCCUUCACUGCUUACUACGGUGAACACGUGACCCUACAGUGCAUCGCAGAAGGUAUCCCCAUCCCAAACAUCACAUGGGCCAAAGAUGGCGUCCAGCUGAAGUCUCGUUCAUCAACUCUCGCGAGAAAUCUUCGUCAAAGCACGUUGACCAUAGGUGACGUCCGUUCGAAUAACAGCGGGAGUUACAAGUGCACUGCUGUCAAUAGUAUAGGCGCGCCUGACACCAAGGCCUCCUUUAUUACCACACAACCUCCUUACAAGGGUUUCAACAUGCGAACGAUAGCAAUCGUGGUGGGAGUGACCGUGGGGCUCCUGUGGCUUGGCCUGUGCUGUUUCCUUGUUGUUUGCUACAUGAGGAGGCGCCAGCACCAGGCAGAGAAGACUAAAUUUGCCUUCUACUACAACAUGGGGAGGAGGGACCCUUCAGACACAGAUGGGCCACCCAAGGAAGUUCCAAAACUUCCAGAAAAGCCACGGAAUCCCACACCAGUGAACACUGGCAUCCGCACCAUGCGGAAGUCAAAGAAAGGACAAGGUAAACAGAGAAGAUACGCCCGCGUGCUGUACCCGUAUCUGGCUAUUGAAGAGAACGAGCUACAACUAGAGAUAGGUGACGUCAUCGAGGUGCUGGAGGGGGAAGAUGGCGGCUGGUGCCUGGGUUACCUGAGGGGCAGGAUAGGCCUGUUCCCCUCCAACUACGUCAUGUUUCUCUCAGGCAACGACGUACGACCGGCAGUGGCUAGACAAGUUAUUGAAGUAGAAGAGUCCGGCAAGAGAAGCAUCUGAGAAAAAACGCAUUUGACAUCAUCUUGAAGAUAUGAAACCACCAAUUACAUCGCAUUUAUCCGUCAAUUGGGCAUGAAUAUGAAGUCCGCCUGUUGGCCUGGCAAUAGGGGUAGUUAUUGGUUAAGAAAAUCCAGGUACAGAUACGUUCCAGGUCCACCAAAGAAUCAGGUCUAAGUCCGGACCUGAACAUGGACCUAAUUAUCUGUGAAAAAUUGUGAAUGGGUGAUACUCAAAAUAACGGUCCAUUUCGCUACAAAGGAUUGUGUUUGGUGGAGUAUCCGACGUCCACUGGCGUCCGAUUUUUUUGGACCGGUCCAAGAAGAGAAAAACGGUUUUGUAUCGGUAUCCACCCCUACCUGGCAACGUACAUGUACGCUCCCCCAAGUCGUGUAUAUGCAGUGCCUAGUACAUGAUCCAGUGUAGUUUGGUAACCACAAUGAAUGUGAAAAGGAAAAGAGAAGGAGAGUCACAAACUUUUUUAGAGCUCUAGAAGCCUUAUGUAAAAAAAAAGGACAUACUGACGAUCUAUAGA